AUGAAGCUGAUCCAAACCCGCUGGGGCCGCACACUGGGUUUGACCUCAGAGCAGACUGUCUGCCCAGAAGGAGGAGGAAACACAGAGCGGAACUUUCCCCCGCUGGUGGGAGUCAGGAGCAGCUCUGACACAGACGUGAUGGCGACAGCUGGAGCACGACUUCACAGACUUCAGGAGAUCAUGUCCCCUUGCAGGAUCAAAGAUCAGACUUCUGAGUCUGAGCCUGAGCCUGAGCCUGAGCCUGAGCCUGAAUCUGAGCCUGAGCCUGAGUCUGAGUCUGAGUCUGAGCCUGAGUCUCAGUCUGAACCUGAGUCUGAGUCUGAACCUGAGUGUGUGUCUGAGCCUGAGCCUGAGUCUCAGUCUGAGCCUGAGUCUGAGUCUGACCCUGAGUCUCAGUCUGAGUCUAAACCUGAGUCUGUGUCUGAGGCUGAGCCUGAGUCUGAGUCUGAAUCUGAGUCUGUGUCUGAGCCUGAGCCUGAGUCUCAGUCUGAGCCUGAGUCUGAGUCUGACCCUGAGUCUCAGUCUGAGUCUGAACCUGAGUCUGAGCCUGAGCCUGAGUCUGAGCCUGAAUCUGAGCCUGAGUCUGAGCCUGAGGCUGAACCUGAGUCUGAACCCGAGUCUGAAACUGAGUCUGAACCUGAGUCUGAGUCUGAACCUGAGUUUGUGUCUGAGCCUGAGUCUGAGCCUGAGCCUGAGCCUGAGCCUGAGUCUGAGCCUGAACCUGAGUCUGAGCCUGAGCCUGAGUCUGAGCCUGAGUCUGAGUCUGAGUCUGAGCCUGAGUCUCAGUCUGAACCUGAGUCUGAGUCUGAACCUGAGUGUGUGUCUGAGCCUGAGUCUGAGCCUGAGCCUGAGUCUGAGCCUGAGUCUGAGUCUGAGUCUGAGUCUGAGCCUGAGUCUCAGUCUGAACCUGAGUCUGUGUCUGAGCCUGAGCCUGAGUCUCAGUCUGAGCCUGAGUCUGAGUCUGACCCUGAGUCUCAGUCUGAGUCUGAACCUGAGUCUGUGUCUGAGGCUGAGCCUGAGUCUGAGUCUGAAUCUGAGUCUGUGUCUGAGCCUGAGCCUGAGUCUCAGUCUGAGCCUGAGUCUGAGUCUGACCCUGAGUCUCAGUCUGAGUCUGAACCUGAGUCUGAGCCUGAGCCUGAGUCUGAGCCUGAGGCUGAACCUGAGUCUGAACCCGAGUCUGAAACUGAGUCUGCACCUGAGUCUGUGUCUGAGUCUGAACCCGAGUAUGAAACUAAGUCUGAGCCUGAACCUGAGUCUGAGUCUGAACCUGAGUCUGAACCUCGGUCUGCAUCUGAGGCUGUUUCUGAACCUGAGUCUGAGUCAAAGCCUGAGUCUAAAUCUGAGUCUGAGUCUGAAUCUGAACCUGAGUCUGAGUCUGAGUAUGAACCUGAGUCUGAACCUGAACCUGAGUCUGAAGGCGUCAGAGUCUGA